AUGGGGCGAGACCGGCAUGUAUUUCAUAAAUCAGGGCCCGAUCAUCUGACACACGUUGACUGGUAAUACAAUCAGCAUGCUGACCCGAAAGUGUCCAGAACUGAUUUAUGUCUGCUCUGCAUGGAGCUCAUUUCCGUCUGGCGUACGGAUUUUUAAAUUUUUUUAUUACCGUAGAAAUUUGAGAGAUUAUGAACCUUCGAUGCCGGUCAGAGAUCUUGUUCUUACAAUUCAGGGGAGACGCAGUCCACCGGAGAUCAGUUGCAGCCUGCCUGGUCCAGGCCACGUACGUUCUGGAGCACGACCGGAGAAACAAUUGCGGGCAACACAAUGCUCUGGCACCCGCUUGGUGGCAAUUCUUCGGCUUCCAGCUGCUUGAGAAGCUGUCGGACGGAGGAGAUUCCUUCUUCGGUGCAGUCUUCAAGCUCGAGCGAUCGUCCCUUCCUGCUCCGGCGUACGUCGUCGCCUUCCGAGGCACCAUCACCACAUGCUUUGAAGACCUGAAGCAUAACAUUCACCUGUUUCUACACAAGCUCCACAACAGCUGCCGGACCAAGGUCGCAGUGGAGGCCGUCCGAAGCCGGAUUGCCCCCGCUGGCAGUGUGAGCGGCGGGGGAGGCGCCGGUGUCUGGCUCGCCGGCCAUUCAUUGGGAUCGUCCGUUGCCAUGGCCGUGGGGAAAGCGCUGGCCACGGAGGGUGUCUUCCUGGAAUCCUUCCUCUUCAACCCCCCGUAUCUCUCGCUCCCCCUCCACAUAAUCAAGAACCAGAACGUGAAGAACAUGCUCGAGAUCACGAACAUCAUCGGCAAAUCGGUGAUCGUCUUCGUCGCCGAGACCUUCGGGGACAGCUCUGUGGCGGCCUUGUUCGAGAUCAUCUCCGGAUGGGUUCCCUCCCUCUUCGUCAACCCCUCGGACGUCAUCUGCGCAGAGUACAUCGAGUACUUCAAAGUCCGCGAGCGUAUGGCGGAGAAUGAAUUAGGGUUCGUACGGAGAACUUUCGCCAGGGCUUCCAUCUCGGCGACGAUCCUAACCAUCUGUGGGGAGGAGACCGCGGCGUUGCACCUUCUUCCUUCGGCGGAGUUGCAUGUGAGCUCUUGUGCUACGUCCGAUCGGAUAGCCGACCACUCCAUUGAGCAAUGGUGGAGAUCGGAUUUGGUGGUGACAUCCAAACGCUAUCACUACCACUCUGAAUAA